GAGAAACCGCUUCUGGAACUGGCAUUUAUGGGGCCAUUGGGCGUUGUCCUGUCACCAGCUCCUGUGACGCGUUUAUCGCUGUUUGUGCCUCUGGCCACCAUCCACUCCAUCCGCAAAUCAGUGUUGACUACCUUGAACUCAUGCUGUCGCUGCUGCACAUCCACCCAUUCACUGCCGGCGGGACUCUUUUCUACUCAAUCUAUUGACCCGUUGCGCUCCCAUGCACUGAAAGAAGGGUUUAGAGAGGAGCUUAUAGUAGUCGUGCGACUGCUGGUGGAACGAAAGAUGAGAGAGAGCGGCGAUUCUUAG